GUUUAACCUUGGUACUGCCGUUGCUUCUUUAGUCCUGUUUUCCGGAGAGCCUUAAAUUAUACGAAAUUAGCCGCACCUCGAGCAUGCCGUUUCUAUUUCUGGUGUAAGCACCUAGAAUCUCCCAACUCCCUUAAGCUGUUUUGACCGCAGACAACGCGUGUUCAGGAGGAAAGCCGAACCCGCAACAAGGGUUAUGCGCACCCGCUGACAACACCGGUGUUAUUUACCUCGGCACUCGCCCGACUGUUUUUGCAGCCUACUUCCACGCCCGACCCGUUCUUAUUUUCUCUCCUUUCGUCGGCGGGCCGAGGGAGGACCUCGAUUUCGGCGCUUCCAAGCGUCUCGAAGGUGACUUUUUUUUUCCGGCCAGCUAAAAACCGGUUCCCGCGUUUGCACAGGCAGUCUCCCUCGUACGCGCCACUCGAGAAAUAUCGUCUGCUACCGAGAGAAGGGUCGCCGGGCGCCGUCAUCUGAAAUUCUUUUGUUUGUUUUACACACGCGAUCUUUCCUGUCUUUUGUUCACCAGCGGCGAACCCGUGUCAAUCAAGUUUGCCCUGCCCUUUCUGCGCAGCCCGGUAGCCAUGGCCAGAUUUCCUCAGACCAGCGAGAACUUCAGACACUACCUCUUCGUCGGAGUGCCGCUGACGCUCUUCGUGAUGUGUCUGCUGUCCCGAAAACAGCGCAAGGAGGCCCAGCGUCGCUUCUUCGCCUGGGCGUACUCCAAGUACUACGCGCAACACAACGCCAAGAUCCUAGCGCCCUACAAGCGGGAGCUUUUCGCGGACAUGCGGCAGGCUGUCUCUCACGACCCGACCCUGCGGUCAGAGGGGGUCAUUCGCGUCGUGGAGAUAGGCGUCGGGACUGGGACCAACUUGGAGUACUAUCCGCCAGGCUGCAAGCUGGUGUCGGUCGAGCCCAAUCCCUACUUCGAGAAGCUGUUCAAGGAGAACCGAAGUGCUUUUCCCGACGUCGACGUGGAGCGCUUCGUUCUGGGGUGCGCGGAAGACAUGUCGGACAUUCCGUCCGCUAGCGUGGACUGCGUGGUGUCCACGCUCGUCAUGUGUUCCGUCCAAGACAUGGGCCAGACGAUUCGGGAGAUUAAGAGGAUUCUCGUAGACGGCGGUAGCUUCUACUACGUGGAACACAUCGGCUACAAGGAGGGUACCUGGUCCCACACGCUGCAGCGGGCAAUCCAGCCGCUCUGGUCCGUCAUCAGCGACGGUUGUCACCUUACCAGGGACGUGCCCAUGUACGUCGAGUUCAUCGGCUUCAGGGAGAUCUACGAGAAUGUCUAUCAUCCAAGCGGCCUGCCUUACCUCGUGCGUCCGACCCUCGUUGGAAAAGCAGUGAAAUAAUAGCGCUUAAUCAAGGGCUCGAGAGCUCGUUGGUAAAUAGCCCGUGAUGGCAACAUGUAGACGGCGAACCCGUGUAGAAAACAAUCAUGUUUUCUAUUGCCACAUUAUACAUUCCUCGCAUUAAAAUAGAACAGCUGUUCUGAUGAUUGCUAGUUUCAAUGACUCUACAUAUAUUGCGAGGAUAUAGAUAAGACUUUUAUUUUCACCAGCACUCAUGACAAAUAGCUGGUGUUCGCAUAUAUGUCUGAAGAAUUAAAGAUCCACCCUUAGAACAAAACUUUUGCGAUUCAAAUCACAAUUGCUAUAUGUAUAUAUCUGAAGGUAUAACGCUACCUUCCCAGGCGCAAUAUUUUUUUACAAUUUUCAAUGGAGAACCAUUUCAAGUUUGACUGUGAUCCCUCCUAUAUAUAGUAUUAACGCGGAUAUCUCCUGAAAUGAAUGAUGCGGUGUCAGUUCCCAAGCUUUUGAUUUAUUACGACAUCAUGCAAGCUUAAACGGAGACUACAAGCACUGCUCGGUUUCACUGUUUAUUUAUUAUUUCUUGUAUUCAUGAAACUUAUGCAUAUAAAUUGUCGCCACACAAUUUUGUCUUUGUAUGGAUGCCUCAUUAUGGGUGUCUUGAAGUAUGCAUUAAAACGAUUAACGAGUUUGUAUAAAUUACUUACUACACUCACCCAGUCUAUUUGAAUUUUAAUUGUCUAAUCUUGCUAGUCAUCAAAAAUUUACGACAUCUCUUGCAAGCGAAACAAUAAAAAUUUCAUAAUUA